AUGAGGUUACGAAAUGGAAAACAACGGUGGCCAUGCGAUCCGCUUAGCAACCGGCGCCGCUCUGCGUCCGGGGCAGUCGGUGUUAAAUUGGAUACCGGCCAUGUACGUGUAGGAGACCAGGCACUGCAUGGAAACUGGACAACUGGAACUUUAAAGAUACGUCACAUUCAGAAGAUAGGAACUUGGAAUGUGCGUGGCUUGAUGCAACCUGGAAAACUUCAUAUAUUAGAGAAAGAAAUAACCCGGUGCGAACUUAACGUCUGUGGCCUUUCUGAAACACAUUGGAAAAGUAAUGGCCACUUUCUUACUGAUGCACACGCUAUUUAUUUUUCUGGAAAUAAUACAAAGAGCAGUAAUGGGGUCGCGAUUGUCAUACCAAAGGGCAUCAACGAUUGUGUGAUGGGCUAUGAGUCCGUGAGUGAUAGAGUACUCAGUAUAAGAAUUAAGGCAGCACCGAUAAACUUGGACAUCAUACAGGUCUACGCACCAACAAGCUCAUCGAGUGAUAAGGAUUUGGAAGAUUUUUACUGCGAUUUGGAAAACACCAUGUCUAAGAUACCCAAUCGAGAGCUACUUAUAGUUAUGGGUGAUCUUAACUCAAAAAUUGGAGCAAAUGCAAAUCAGCUUAGUCAGACGGCCGGCAAAUUCGGGUUGGGCCAGCGUAACGAAAGGGGUGAGCGUCUGUUAGAGUUUGCUGCCGAUCACAACUUAGUGAUAUGUAACAGCUUUUUCCAAAAUCAUCCACGUAGGCUGUAUACAUGGAUAUCUUCAACUGGUCAUAGAAAUCAGAUUGAUUAUAUCAUGAUUAGUUCACGGUGGAAAACUUCUGUGAGGAACACUCACACCCUGCCCUCAGCCGACUGUAGCUCAGACCAUGAACUUCUGGUAGCAACAAUACAACUUAAACUUAAGGCUGCUAGGAAGGUUGACAAGCAGCGAAGAAUCCAGCCUACAGACUUACCCAAGUUUGUGAAUACACUAGAGCAAAAUUGGAGUCGCUGGACUGACAUAAAUCCAGAAUCUGCCACUCCAAAUCAGUUGUGGAGCCGAGCAAGAGAACUCUUCCAGACUGCAGUCUCUGCAUCAAAGAUGCCGAAUGAGACUCAUAAGCGUCAACACUGGAUGAGUGUCGAUACCUUUGCUCUUGUAGAGGAACGACGACGAUUGAAGACAUCGGGAGCUGAUCUGAAGACCUUAAAUGCUAAAUCAGCUAGGAUACAAGAAGCAUGCAGACGGGACCGAAAUCAGUAUCUCCAAAACCUCUGUAUUGAACUAGAAAUACACGCUAAUAAGCAUGAAACACGAGAUCUUCAUCAGAAAAUUAAAUCCUUAACUAAAACUCUAUCUUCAAAAACAUGGGCUAUUGAGAAUUCGCAAGGUGAAACAGUAACAGACCUUGAGGAUAUUUCCGAAACGUGGAAACAGUACUGCCAAUCUCUGUUUCAAGAUCCUAACUCGCACUGUUUCGAUCCAACAGCACCUCAAGAUGAAGAGAUAGAGCCGAGCAUUCUUAAGGAUGAGGUUAGGGCUGCAAUAAAACAUCUUAAGAAAGGGAAAGCCACAGGGAAAGACGCCAUUCCAAUUGAAACGAUUGAGGCAUCUGGGGAGUAUGGCGUUGAAAUUUUCCAUACCCUGUGUAAUAAAAUAUGGCAGUCUGGAACUUGGCCCCAAGACUGGGUUCAUACUGUUUUCGUGCCACUGCAUAAAAAAGGUUCGACAAAAAGCUGCAGUAAUUACCGUCUCAUAGCGUUGAUUCCACACGCAUGCAAGAUAUUGCUGCGUAUCGUUAACGAGCGCCUUAAAUCGUACCUCUCUAAAGAAAUUGCUCCUGAACAGGCCGGCUUUGUGAAGGGUAAAGGUACACGAGAACAAAUAUUAACCGUUCGACAGAUCAUCGAAAAAUCCCGGGAAUUCAACAAGCCUACGUACUUAUGCUUUGUGGAUUUCUCUAAGGCGUUUGAUUCUGUCAAAUGGCCAAAACUUUGGGAAACUGUUUUGGCCAUGGGUACCCCCAAACACUUGGUCCAUCUGCUGAGGCGACUCUAUGAGGAAGGAACAGCUUCAGUUAGAAUAGAUGACAUUCUAUCGCGUCACUUCCACCCUAACGCAGGAGUUCGCCAAGGGUGUAUUAUAUCACCGCUCCUGUUCAAUAUAUAUACGGAGCUUAUAAUGAGAAUCGCCCUCGAAAACUGGUCGGAUGGAAUGACUAUCGGAGGUCGGAAGAUUUCAAAUCUUCGUUAUGCAGACGACAUCACUUUAGUCGCGUCAGGUGUUAGCCAGAUGGAAGAGCUACUCGGUAGAGUGGAACGCGUCAGUCUUGAUUUCGGACUUAAAAUUAACCGCAAUAAAACAAGUGUCAUGAUUGUCGACCGUGCUAAUAAUAACUCGCCAGAGGUCACAAAAAUUGCGAACUGCGAUGUCGUACAGUCAUACAUUUACUUAGGUGCACUGAUAUCGAACACUGGCGGGUGCGUUGAUGAAAUCAAGCGGCGUAUGGCUGUUUCGAGGUAA